AUGGCCUCGGAUCUAGUCAUACUACGUGAUAUUUUCUACCGUUUGGUCUUAUUUCUUCAACUUGAUGCUUCCAUUUCCAUGGAGAUAAUCGCUUUUUGGUUGUGGCUCGAGGCAAAUAAUAGCGAUAGUAAUUUUCUUGAGCGCAUCGAUUCAUUUGAUGAUGACCGCUUUCAGGCAAUUGCUUUUGUGGCCAAAAGCUUUGUCGAAACCCUGAAUCUAGACCUCCGUGAUUUAGGUGACACAAGAAGCCCCUUCCAACAGGAAGUAUCUGAAGGAAUUGUUUUCUAUCUCAACAAUGUCUGCUACAAAGCCUUUGAAGAUUUUCAAGAAAACGGAGAUAUAGAAGAGCUUCCGCAUCAGAUCUGUCAAGUCAAUGAAGGAAACUUGAAUGAUCAAGUUUCUUUGAGUACGGAGGAUCUUCUAUCCAAAAUCAAAUCACUAUAUGCCAAUAGUAAAGAAAAUCAUGGAGAAGGCCCCAGUUAUAGAAGCAUUAAGUGUCUAAGAAAUUGUAUUCUCAAUGAUACAAAAGUGGCAAUAGAUGAGUAUACAUCAUGUUCCCAUUUGGAGAAAUUCUUGGAUAACUUGAGUUUAAGGGAGAAGCAUAAUGAUCCAGCCAUGCAUCAAUGUUCUGAUGUUCCACAAGAUGAAAGAACUCUCUUCGUCACUUUCUCCAAUGGUUACCCCUUGUCCAAAGAUGAAUUAUACGACUUCUUCAUGAGGCACUAUGGAGAUAUUGAAGAUAUAACCAUAGAAGAGCCACCUGAACCUAGGCCACCACUCUUUGCACAAGUCACAUUUUACUCGCAGUUGACACUGCUCCGUGUCCUUGAUGGCAACAAGAGAGUCAAAUUCAUGACACGAGGAAAGCAUCUGUGGGCCCGACAGUUUGUGCCAAAGAAAAAGAAGUCAAAGAAUGAUGAGCCAAACUUGAUUGACUGAGUACCUGCAUACUUUAUGUUCUAAGCAUGUUGGUCGGAAUAAACCCGGUACAUGUAAAACUUAAUAUCGUCCUUGUUGGCAAGGUUUUGAAGUUUCAUUUUGGAUUAUCAUCGGUACUUAAAUUUGUAUUUGCAUCUGCACUUUUGUUUGGAAUCCUAUCUUAAUUACGAUGUGGUUGAUGUUUUGUGAUGGAGAGAAAAUUAUGUUUAG